AUGGCCGAGUCCGGUACCACGAGCCGCAGGCCGACCUAUCCUGCCGGGACGGUUGCGAAAGUGUCCACGGAUAUUCUGAAUGAGACGUUCCACAACAUCAUCCAUGACUUGGUCGCCAAGGUCCACCGGCAGGAGAAAGUGGCGCGAAUGCGCUCCGCGGUGAUUGAGGCUCGUCAAAAGGCGGAAGAAGGGGCGAUUAUUCCGGAGGAGCCCCUCAGCAAGUCGGUGCCAGCCGACGGCAGAUCCAAAGAAGUGACAAUCGAUGCGACCAAAUUGGCGAACACGCGUCUGGAGACGGAGGCGGCCACAUUCGACGGGGGCAAGGUCUAUCUGAAAGGGAACCCAAUGCAGACGGUCAAGGAGGUCAUCUGCCCCGAUUGCCGUCUGCCCCGACUCGCCUAUCCUCCCGUUGGUGUUGGAUAUCGACCUCCGCCCGAUCCGGAUGCCGAGUACUGUCAAAAUGGCCCGCUGAUCACCUUGCCCGGUCAUGACGUCCAUGGGAAAAUGUUCGCGGUCAUGCCGAACCCGAAGAAAAAGAAGUCCGAUAAGGACAGCACGAUCCCCGAAAUCCCUACCAGCAAGUGUCCCAUCUGCCCUCGCUACUUUGUCAUGAAUCGUGUCGCGCAGCAUCUGGAUCGUUGCAUGAACAUCUCUGGUCGCGGUAGCAGCACUCGAAACAAAACACCGACCGAUGGAAGUGGCAGCGGUGCCAGCAGUCCGACCUCGUCGGCCCCCAAGCGUCCCCAUGAGGAUGAUGAAGGGAGCCCCAGUCCCACCAAGAAGAAGAAAACGACCAUGUCGAAGAAGGCAUCCAGCUCAAAACCCGGUCCAAGCAAGCUGAAAAACUCCUUUACGGUGGAAGAUCAUGACGACGACGUAAAAAGCGAAAAUGCCGAAUGA